AUGUCGACUACUACAACAACCGUCCAAGUUGAAACGCGACCCGCCGUGGAGAGCAUCGAGCUGCGGCAUCUCGGCCCCGGCGCUUCCACCGGCCAAAUCAGCGCCGAGUCCAAGGAAGCAUCGCACGUGGAAGCGGCACCGCAUAUUUCGGAUGGCCAUGACGGGGGUGAACCGCCGCCGGGUGCUCUUGCGGAAACUGAGAGGUGGAAUCGGCCUGUUAAGAACAUUGGCCGGCUUGCCUUUGCGUUUGUGUCGUUUGCUAUUGCGGGGAUGAAUGAUGCUGCUGUUGGCGCUUUGAUCCCAUAUCUAGAAGAGUACUACAAUCUCAGUUACACCGUCAUAUCCCUAAUCUUCCUCACGCCUUUUGUUGGCUACUCUAUCGCCGCCUUUACCAAUGCCCGUAUCCACGUCCUGUUUGGCCAGCGAGGCGUGGCCAUCAUGGCACCUAUCUGUCAUCUCAUCACGUUUGCUGUGCUUGCCUCGCACCCUCCAUAUCCUGCUCUUGUUGUGUGCAAUGCCAUCAGCGGAUUUGGAAACGGUCUGACGGAUGCAUGUUUUUGUGCUUGGGUUGGCGUCAUGGAUAAAGCGAAUACGAUUCAGGGUUUUCUGCAUUCGUGCUAUUCGCUUGGUGCAUUGUUCUCACCGCUGAUAGCUACCUCAAUGGUCGUUAAGGGUGGCUUGCCAUGGUAUACCUUUUAUUAUAUUAUGAUUGGUAUGUCCGGUCUGGAAUUUGCUGGCCUUGUCAUGGUCUUCUGGGACAAGACUGGCGCUGUAUAUCGAGAAGAGCAUGCUCGCGAGAAUGCAGACGCUGGAACUGCCGGCGCAGGCACCCGCGAGGCAAUGAAGUCGAAAGUCACCUGGCUUUGCGCACUCUUCUUCUUUGCCUAUAUGGGCGUGGAAGGCAAGUUACGCAUAUCUAUACUCGAUGAUAUUUCACACCAUAGCACACGCUGA